AUGGAAGAAAGAACGAGUCGGAACCAGUUUCAACCGUUUCGCUUUUGGAUGCCAUCCUGGACUAGCCCGAAUGGAAGAACUUGGCGUCCUACUCCAAACAGACAAAGAUCGAUCGCCGGUUCUUCAUCCCAGCCUUCAGCCCAGGCAAAAUCAAUAUCUCCCAUGCCAACAUCAGCAUCUCCAAGACCAACCGCAGCUCGAAAAGGUUCUCAACUGCCAUGUAUGAAUGUACCACACAAGCACCAUUCGGCGCAGCCCCAUCCCAGAGACCAAAAUAGCAGACCGCCAGUGCAGUCUCGGAUGAAGAUCAAGUCCCCAUCGACAAUGAGAGAAGCCUCAAAAGCCCCCGUGCAGAUUCAACCGAGUUCCGAUAAACAACCGAGAGUUGCUCAGGUGAAGUCACGACCUCCUGAAACAAAGAGCAACCCAACAAAUCAGCCAAUUUUACAAACAAUAGCCUCUCCCUCUUCAGCCAUCACAUUGCUGCAUAAGUUGCAGGCACAAGCAACAUCCGUAGAAAAAGAUACAAAACUAAGUUCUAAGUCGUCGGGGAACCCCGUAAGGCGGGAAUCGAAUCUCCGACAUGUAACUGUUAAUGCCAUGGAGAAACCUGAGCCUUCACAACUACACAACGUAGAAGACACAUCCAAACAAAGUGAAGACUCAGACUUGAAACCUGAAUCCGUCAACAUAAAAACCGAAGUAGCCUCGGUAUCCAGUGAUGUUAACAUAGAACAGAGACGGAGUUCUAACGAAAAGGAGCGCAAAAUUACAAUUUUCCCUGUGUCGAAAGAUUCAUUCACCGGCGGCAAGCGAGCUAUUUACGGGGAGGAGAUCAAGGAAGGCCUUUCUACACUAAAACAGAAGAUAACUGCUGCCAAUUCUGGUCAAGGAAGGAGUAAAGGUUCAUCAGUGAAUGUCAUUACUUUAGCAGGCAAAAACAAUGGAGCAUCCAUGGUUAUAGGCUACGACGAUAAGCUCGGUGAGGACAAUCGCAAUGGAGAGACGGCUUUCGCCUCCAGCAUCAACAAUAAUGUUCAAAGCAUCAAUAACUCGGCCAUCGAUCAGAGUUCAUGCAGUGUUAGGCACCCAGGCGUACACUUGAAGAUAUGUAACCGAUCAUCGGAAACUUUGGCUUCCGAUAAGGCAAUGAAGCCUCAAAAUACUGAACCGAGGACUUUCGCGCCACUCCAAGGCCAAAUGACCUCUCAAGAACCAAGAAUCCGAAGACGAUGCCUUCGAGCAUUGUUUAUGGAAUCCGGCGAGAGCGAUAUCGAAAACCCCCAAAAGCCUCGGCGUCAUGGAUGCCGCUUCAGCUGUGAAGAGAAGAGGAAAAUGGAGAAGGGUACAAGUAGAGGGAGCUGA